AACAAACUCUUUGGCUUACUUUUCAUCAUAGCUGAUCAAAACUUAAAAGGUUACCUCAGCGAAGACGACUUUAUCAAUUUCUCUAAAACUCUCUACUCCAACGACUCCCAAUAUAAACUAAUCUUUGAAUUUUUCAAAAGAUUCCAACUAAACUCCUCCAAAUCAAAAAAUUUAGACCUAAUUCAGUUCAACAAAACGUUAAAUGACCUCCACCAAUACACAAGCUCAAACAAUAUCGACGACGACUUUUUAAUCGACAUAAACAAAUUUGCCUCAUACUACCUCGAUUCAAUCAACUCAAAUGAGCUCUCCUUCUCGUCUUUUAACAACAUUCUUGUCAAUGAACUAUCAAACCAGAAAAUCACUCAACUAUUCAACAAAUUCAAAACAAACCACAACCUCGUCUCUCUAAACAAUCUAUCCAAAAUCAUUCAACUAACAUACAGCCACAAACUAUCCACUCUUUUAAUUCAAAACUUAUCAAUCUUAAAAGACUUUAACCAAUUCACAACAAAAUCUAAUAACGAUUACUACAUCAACUACUCAAACUUGAAAAUAUUGACCAAUUUAUUCAACAAAUUCGAUCUAGUCAACCAAAUCAUUCACCAAAUCCAAACAGAUAAUGAAAUUAUAACAAAAAGGGACUUCAACAAAGUCAUCGACUUAAGCUUCAACAAAUUGAACAACCUAACUUCCUUCACUCCAAAUGAAGUCGACCUAUUAUUCUACUUGAUCAAAUCAAACUCAUAUUCAAACGACUAUGACCAUCUCACUAAAAAUGACUUUUACAAAAUCUUAAACCCAAACCAUUACAACAACUUGCUUUUCAACUACAAACUACACAACCUAGAAAAUUUCAACGAGCUUGAAAACGAAAUCAACCCCAACUCAAUCUCAAACUCUCUCGACCCAGAUGACGAAAUCAACGUUGGUAUAAAAUUAUCCUCCUCAAAAUUCAUCCAGUCUCUUGAACCUUACUUUCAAAAAUUAACUCACUUAAGAAACAUUGAUGCAUUCUCCUUCUACCCAAUUUUCGACUCAAUGUACUUAUUCGUCUUAGGUUCCAUCGCUGGUAUCAUCGGCGCAACCAUGGUUUAUCCUAUCGACUUGGUCAAAACAAGAAUGCAAAACCAAAGAACCCGAUUAUACAAAAACUCAAUUGACUGUUUUGUUAAAAUAAUAACCAAAGAAGGCCCAAGAGGUUUAUAUCAAGGUCUAGGCCCUCAAUUAGUCGGUGUCGCUCCUGAAAAGGCCAUCAAAUUAACUGUCAACGAUUUAGUCAGAGAUCUUUCCAAAAAGUUCACUGGGAAGGAUAACAUCCCCCUCCCUUUUGAAAUUUUGUCUGGUGGUUGUGCCGGUUUCUCUCAGGUUAUUUUUACAAAUCCUCUUGAAAUUGUUAAAAUCAGAUUACAAGUUCAAGGGGCUGCUUCUGUUAUCAUUCCCAUUAGAAAAUCUGCCAUUCAAAUUAUCAAAGAACUAGGUUUCAGGGGUUUAUAUAAAGGUGCUUCUGCUUGUUUAUUAAGAGAUGUUCCAUUUAGUGGUAUUUAUUUUCCUGCUUAUGCCCAUAUCAAGAAGGACUUUUUUGGUCUAGAUGUUAAUGAUCCAACCAAGAAAAAUGAAUUGAAAACAUGGGAGUUGUUGGCUGCUGGUGCAAUGGCCGGUAUGCCUGCUGCUUAUUUUACAACUCCAGCUGAUGUUGUUAAAACCAGGUUACAAGUUGAAGCCAGAAAGGGCGAAACUGUCUAUAAUGGUAUUAUUGACGCUUUUAGAAAAAUUGUUAGAGAUGAAGGCUUUACAAGUUUGUUCAAAGGUGGUCCAGCAAGAAUUUUCAGAUCUUCUCCUCAGUUCGGUUUCACUUUGGCUUCAUAUGAAGUGUUGCAAAGACUCUUCCCAUUAAAACACAGUGAUGAAUAUGAAAAAUAUCUUGAGAAAAAGAAUACCUCUAGCGCUGGUUUAGCUGACUACUCUCAAUUCAUCAAUCCUUCUGUUCAAGAAAAAGAAGUUGAAUAUUUACAAGCUUCAAAUAACUCUCAAAAUGGUCUUUUUGUUCCAUCAACCUACUAUUACAAGAGUGCUGAAACUAUCAAAUUAUUGUUGGAUGUUGAUUAUAAUUUUAACAAGUUUGAUUUUAGUGUUUACCAAAAAUUCCAAAAG